GGGGCUGCGCGCGCCAUGGAGCCGCGGUGCCCGCCGCCGUGCGGCUGCUGCGAGCGGCUGGUGCUCAACGUGGCCGGGCUGCGCUUCGAGACGCGGGCGCGGACGCUGGGCCGCUUCCCGGACACGCUGCUAGGGGACCCGGCGCGCCGGGGCCGCUUCUACGACUGCGCGCGCCGCGAGUACUUCUUUGACCGGCACCGGCCCAGCUUCGACGCGGUGCUCUACUACUACCAGUCCGGCGGCCGGCUGCGGCGGCCGGCGCACGUGCCGCUCGACGUCUUCCUGGAGGAGGUGGCCUUUUACGGGCUGGGCGCGGCGGCGCUCGCGCGCCUGCGCGAGGACGAGGGCUGCCCCUUGCCGCCCGAGCGCCCCCUGCCCCGCCGCGCCUUCGCGCGCCAGCUCUGGCUGCUCUUCGAGUUCCCCGAGAGUUCGCAGGCCGCGCGCGUGCUCGCCGUCGUCUCCGUGCUCGUCAUCCUCGUCUCCAUCGUCGUCUUCUGCCUCGAGACGCUGCCCGACUUCCGCAACGACCGCGACAACCCGGGGCUCGCUGCGGUGGCGGCUGCCGGCCCGUUCCCUGCUCGGCUGAAUGGCUCCAGCCCAGUGCCUGGAACCCUGUCUCGCAUGCCCUUCGAUGACCCGUUCUUUAUGGUGGAGACGUUGUGCAUCUGUUGGUUCUCCUUUGAGCUACUGGUGCGCCUGGCGACCUGCCCAAGCAAGGCGGCCUUUUUCAAGAACGUGAUGAACCUCAUCGAUUUCGUGGCCAUCCUCCCCUACUUUGUGGCGCUAGGCACCGAGCUAGCCAGGCAACGGGGCGUGGGCCAGCCGGCCAUGUCACUGGCCAUACUACGAGUUAUCCGACUGGUGCGCGUCUUCCGGAUCUUCAAGCUGUCCCGGCACUCAAAGGGCCUGCAGAUCUUGGGCCAGACACUACGGGCCUCCAUGCGUGAGCUGGGUCUCCUCAUCUUCUUCCUCUUCAUCGGUGUGGUUCUCUUCUCCAGCGCGGUCUACUUUGCGGAGGCCGACCGGGAAGAUUCCCAUUUCACCAGCAUCCCUGAGUCCUUUUGGUGGGCGGUGGUCACCAUGACCACAGUCGGCUAUGGAGACAUGGCACCCGUCACUGUGGGUGGCAAGAUAGUGGGCUCUCUGUGCGCCAUCGCUGGUGUGCUGACCAUUUCCCUGCCUGUGCCGGUCAUUGUCUCCAACUUCAGCUACUUUUACCACCGGGAGACAGAGGGCGAAGAGGCCGGAAUGUACAGCCACGUGGACACGCAGCCCUGUGGCCCACUGGAGGGCAAGGUCAAUGGGGGGUUGGUGGACGGAGAGAUGCCUGAGCUACCGCCUCCACUCUGGGCCCCCCCUGGGAAACACAUGGUCACCGAAGUGUGAGGGACUGUGGA